UGCGUGGCGUCCCUCAAAUCCAGAUCCAUGGGUCUCGAGCUCAUAUUCUCACUUUUCCUUUCAUGAUUUACGGACACUCGUGGAUCGAUGGAUUACAGCGCCACUGGCCAAAGUAGGGAAUAUUAAGGCGUUUCAUAUCUAGUUUCUGACUUCUCUGCGAUGCCUUUCUGAAACAGCCGCUGACAGGGGUCACUAAAAAGGAGUUGCGAAAGGACGCGAAGGUGAACAUCAUCUGCUGGACUUGUACGGCUACCGUCACGGACAAUGUUCUCGGCAACGGGGAAGCGCUGUUUUACCAUUGAGUCUUUGGUGGCGAAGGAAAGCCCGUUAACGCCAGAAGACCCUAUUCGCCCCACCGCCCUGAGCUACACGGCGCCCGCUGACAGUUUUCUUAACGGCUAUCAAAGCCCCGCAGGCCGCGCGCUUUACCCGAACCCCGAGCUGGUGUUUUCCGAGACUGUGAACCACGCGCCCCUCAGCAUGCACCCACACCAGCUCGGCAACACGCACCUCCAGCACCCGCACUUCUUCGGCACGCAGCACCGCGAACCGCUCAAUUUCUACCCGUGGGUCUUAAGGAACAGGUUUUUCGGCCAUCGGUUUCAAGGCAGCGACGUCUCGCAGGACACGCUGUUAUUACACGGACCCUUCGCGAGGAAGCCCAAGCGGAUCCGCACCGCGUUCUCGCCGUCCCAGCUGCUGCGCCUGGAGCGCGCCUUCGAGAAGAACCACUACGUCGUCGGAGCCGAGCGGAAACAGCUCGCUAACAGCCUCAGUCUGUCCGAGACUCAGGUGAAAGUGUGGUUCCAGAACCGCAGGACCAAGUAUAAGCGGCAGAAGCUGGAGGAAGAGGGCCCAGAGAGCACACAGAAGAAGAAGGGAAACCAUCACAUUAACCGCUGGAGGAUUGCCACCAAACAGACCGGAUCUGAGGACAUAGAUGUCAUGUCUGACGCCUAAGACCAACCUAAACACUGCCCAAAUGAACACAACAAGACCAAGAAAAGCACUAUUUAUUUAAUGUUAUUAGUCACCAUAUCUCAGAUUCUAAACCUAAGUGCAGAGAACCUGUGAGUUAAGGAUGAAUUAAACAGAUCCACACCCUGGACUGAACACUAUAGUUGUUUAACAUACCUCUGCUGGAAUUACCCAAUGUUUCAGACAUGCGUCACCUGUAAGAAGAAAUCAUAUUAUAUAUGACUAUGUCUUUCUCUUGUUCUUUUUUUUGUUUGUUUGUUUGUUUUUUUCGGAAGAAAUUGUAUUUAAAACUAACAAUGAAGUUAAUUUUCACAAGCCAAUAUUUUUAAUUCCGAUUAUUUUGCUGUUUCUAUGUAUAGUCGGUUACUAAAAUGAACGUUUUUAUUCAUUUCAA